CAACAACGCAACGACUACGCGCAAGAGGCUAGGCAAGAGCGCCAAUGACACCCUCAACAGCACGCACUCUAGAGACUUUGCCGCUGAUCGUUUUGGAGCGCAUCUGUGAAUACCUUGCACCAUGCGAUUCUAACCGGCGCAGCCUGUGGGCAUUCUCAUUGGCGAGCAGGUGCUGUUGUGUUGUAUCCGCACCGGAGCGGUUCAGUCAAAUUCUGCUCAAAGUGCUGGACCAGAACAAGCUGCAGGAUGACUUGAGACGAUGGAGUGAGGUGCUUGUUAUCCAUGGCCGCGCUCGCCAUGUCCGCCGCCUCAAGGUAUUGGGGGCUGGGCCACAGGAGGAGCGAGAAAGUCGCACCGAGGAGUGGGAGAGACCGGAUGCCCCAGUCAGUGAGCAAGAUGGAGGAGAAGAGGAGGUGGAAGAGUUUGGGAACCACGACAUACGGAACUAUUUUGACGUGCAGGAGUUCUGCCGACCUUGCGAAAUCCCCGUCCAGUCCUGGCUGAACAGCUACAUACCUCUUCCGCAACAGGGAGACGAAUAUACCGAAGCUUGGAAGCCCCUAGGUGAAUUUAUUGGGCAGCUGCCAGGCCUUGAGGAUCUCGUCUGGGCCUACACAUUCUCGCCACCACGAUACAUCCUCUCAGCCGUCCAUACCGUGGGCUGUCGCCUUCACAUGCACAACUUCCAUCUUGGCAGUCUCAUUCAACAUCGUGACCAACCUCACUCUAUCGACCCCGACGAAUACGCACUUGCGACUUCGCCGUGUCUGCACAGCAUUGUUGUGCCGUAUUAUGACUAUGACACCUUCGGCAAUGUGGAUUACAGCCAAGAGGCCGUGUUGCGUAUGGUUGCUGGGGCAGCGCCUAAACUGGCGCAUGUCUGGAUGCUGCGUCGUCACCCGGGCAAUUCGAUUGAUCUGAUCAAUGCAUUUCGUGCUCCGAGACCAGCUUGGCCUGGCUUCUUCCCCGGGACAACAGCAGAGGUGGCAGAUGAACCCCCUCGGCUAGGCAGUCUCCGGAGCCUGGUCAUAGGGUACAGUGGGCUGUCUCAAACGCAGAUUAUCAACUGGAGUCGUCACGCAGACUUUGUGAAGUUGCGCUGCCUCACGAUUCACUGGAUCGACGACAGUCGUGGUGUUGUUGAAUCGCUGCAAACCUUGGCCGAGAUGGCCAUGAGUGGCGGCUGUUUCCAGUCGCUACACAUGCUGAGAUUAUCAAUAUCUGACACCAGCGCUCGUCAGAUGCAGGAGGUUCUGAUGCUAUUACUUGAGCACCUAAAUCCCCUCGAGACAUUGGACUUAACGGGUUUCAUCAGCAAUGCCACAUUCAAGUCUGCUUUACGUCGCCAUGGCGGGACUCUACGCCAGCUUCGAGUGAUCCCAUACCGAUACUGUGGCUCAUGGAGACCCGUGGUCGACUUUUCAGAAGCCGUUAUACAGCUUCUUGUCCAACAUUGCCCGAAUCUAGAGCACGUCGAGUUCCCCGUCAAUAGAACGCAUGGCGACGGUCGAGAAACAGGAACCUACCGCGCGCUGAGCAGACUGCCGCGGCUGAAGCAUGUCUCCUUGAAACUUCAGUUCUCCAUAGGAUCCACGGAGGAAGACCACGAGGAAGAAGGGGACAGGGAGGAUGAGCAAGAACGAGUACAUGUUCUCUCCGAGAGAAUGUCCUUCCUCGACAUCCGCGAUGCCUUUACCAAUGGCGCCAUGGACUCCUCCCUGGCGCUUUCCAUCUUCAACUUGAUAUCGUCUGGUGGCAGCGUGAAGUACUUGAAGCUGCAGAUUGGACGGAACGAGGGACCGGGGUUUUACGACGGGGAUUUCAACGAUAUAUUGGCUUGGAUUGGGCGGAGCUGGGUCUGCGAGCGGGACGACGUCCAAGGUAAAGUCUCUGUGCGAGAGCUUGGCAAGAAGACGAGAGUUACCAUGGGCGAGGAGCUCAAGUACCUUGAGGAGGAUACUUACCUGACUGUCUGGAAUGAUAUAUGGCCCCAAAGGACGUCAGACCGGUGGGAGAAUUGGAAGAGUUUGCCUCUGUCCGAGACAGCACCAGGCCCUUGAAUCAGUCGCACGCACUAAUAAAAGCGCGUGGCCGUGUCGCUGAUUGUGUGGCUCUUCGGCGUCGUAAUGCUCUUUAUCUAGAAUGCCAGUGGUUGAAGUCUAGGAAGUUGCAGGCCUCUGCACGCCAGGCUGCACGCCGAGGCACUCAGUGAAAGAAAGGUUUAGUCCGCGGAGAAUCACAGUGUAUGAGAGGGUCAUUAGCCGCCUGUAAAGACACCUGUCCAUUAUUCUUGUACUCCUGAAAUCUUGUCAUAUGGAGACUUCCUAGCAAAACCAAUUACAUCUUCCUCAAGUCAUACUGGAUAUAUCCCACACCCGUCGGCAGCCUACUAAACGCUGAAGACACACUGUCCCCCGAAGGCGGCGGUCCAUCACUCGCUUCUCUCUCGGUGCCAUUUCCAGUGCCCAUCUCACCCGCCUCAGCCGGGGCGACGGAUUCGUUAC